GGGGGUCACAAGUGUUGCGGACUUUGUCACGGACUUCAAGCAAGUCGAGACGAGAGGAUAUCUACAGCCGCAGGUUCCCGGCUACUUGUCAUCGUUUACUACCGCCGUCUCAAGUCUCAAAUUUCCAUCAUGGCCCGCGUGCUUGUUGGAGUGAAAAGAGUUAUUGAUUAUGCCGUCAAGAUUCGGGUCAAGCCUGACAAGAAGGGUGUGGUUACGGAAGGAGUUAAGCAUUCCAUGAAUCCAUUUGAUGAAAUUGCAGUCGAAGAGGCUGUUAAAAUGAAGGAAAAGAAAUUGGCGUCGGAAGUUGUGGCUGUAUCUUGUGGCCCCUCUCAAGCACAGGAAACUUUAAGGACAGCACUUGCCAUGGGUGUUGAUCGGGCGAUUCAUGUUGAAGUGCCUGCAGGAGAGUAUGAGACAUUGCAACCAAUUCAUAUCUCCAAAAUUCUUGCCAAACUGGCUCAAGAAGAAAAGGCCGACAUUGUUAUUCUUGGCAAGCAAGCUAUUGAUGAUGAUUCCAAUCAGACUGCUCAGAUGACAGCAGGUGUGCUAGAUUGGCCACAAGCUACCUUUGCUUCUAAGAUUGAAAAAAAAGAUUCUGAACUCCAUGUGACAAGGGAAAUUGAUGGUGGACUUGAAAACAUCAAAGUGAAACUACCAGCUGUGUUAAGUGCUGAUUUGCGUCUCAAUGAGCCACGAUACGCAACUUUGCCUAAUAUAAUGAAAGCCAAGAAAAAGCCACUUAAGAAGAUAACCCCCAAAGAUUUAGGUGUGGAUAUUUCGCCAAGGAUUGAAAUCAUCAGUGUGGAGGAGCCACCUGUCAGGCAGGCAGGAUCUGUUGUACCUGAUGUGGACACCCUCAUUAGUAAACUGAAGGAAUCUGGACAUGUUUAAUGUAUAUGUCACUAAGUCAAACUGUAUCGUGCUGCUUCUGUGUGAAUUUCCUUGCUGUGCAAGUGCUGUUUGUAUAAAUUUCAAUUUUGCAUAUAUUUAAACAAAGUGUUAUUGUAGAUGAAAAUCAAAUAUUUUUGCAUAUCUUUUUUUUAAAUGUACGUGAUUAUGAAUAUUUGCUACUGGCACAAAACUAAAUAGAACUAUAAACAUUUUUAAAUCUUA